AUGACCGGGGUGCUGGAGAGCCUGGUGCCCGACAUGCACGCCAGCCAGAUCUCCGCCGGCAGCUACCACCAGCACGGCGGCCUGCACAAGCCGCAGGAGUCCCCCACGCUGCCCGUCUCCACGGCCACCGACAGCAGCUACUACACCAACCAGCAGCACGGGGCGGCGGGCGGGCCGCCCUACGGCCCGGUGGGCUCCUACCCCUACGCGGGGGGCGGCACCGCCCCCUACUCCGCCAAGGCCGGCUACGACCUGGGCUACGCGGGCGCCUACGGCUCCUACGGGCCCUACGGCAGCAGGGCCUCUCCGGCCAACAACGACUCCGCAGAGAAGGAAGACUGCGAGCCGGAGAUCAGGAUCGUGAACGGGAAGCCGAAGAAAGUGCGGAAGCCCCGGACCAUCUACUCCAGCUUCCAGCUGGCGGCUCUGCAGCGGCGCUUCCAGAAAACCCAGUACCUCGCCCUGCCCGAGAGAGCGGAGCUGGCGGCCUCCCUCGGCCUCACCCAGACACAGGUGAAGAUCUGGUUUCAGAACCGCCGCUCCAAGUUCAAGAAGAUGUGGAAGAGCGGCGAGAUCCCGGCGGAGCCGCCCCCCCGCCGCAGCAACUCGCCGCCGCCCCCCGCCUCGCCCCCCGCCUGGGACUUCGCUCCGCACCCGCGCACGGCGGGCGGCACCGGCACCGCCAGCCCCAGCCCCGCCGCCGCCUUCCUCGGUAGCUACUCGUGGUACCCGCCGGCACCCGGCGGCCCGGCGCACCUACCGGGGGCCGCCCCCCUCCCGCAGCCGGCGCAGCCCCCGCACCACCACGGCGGCGGCGGCAUCUUCUAG